AUGAGCGUUUUCCGCUCCAUCUUCUCGAGGAAUUCAAUGGGAAUUAUUGGUUCCCUCAAACGCUUCGACAACUGGGCCAAAUCUAUCAAGUUGGACAUGGCGGCUUUUCUUUGCGGAUUUCCCGACGUCACUGUCCACACGAUGACUGUAAUCGAUAUUCCCCACAUCCAUACCAUCCGACUGCGGUACUGCAACUGCGCCAGAGCGAAAGAAGCCGAUAAUGUCACCCAGUUAUUACGGAAUGCCUGGUACCCAGCAACCGUGAUCGAGCCAGCCACCUGCGUGACCUUCCGAACACUGAAAGCUUACCGACUUCUCAAUGUUCAAGGAAAUCUCAAUGUGACGGACUUCAUUGUGUUUUAUCUAUUUUCCUUUGCGACCUUCUUCACUAAAUUUCACUCCAGGAGCGUGCUCGACAAUUCCAUAGGAUCUCUCGGCAGUGGGCCUUUCUCGCUCGCUGCAAGCAUGCAGGACGUGGCCAUGAUCCAGCUGGAAUCGAAGCCACACAACUUGGUGCAUGCGCUGUCGCUUGCUGGGCUUGCCCCCACGAUGGUCGAAAUCUGCCAAACAAUUGGCGGUCUGCGGAUCCCCGUCUCCAGUUUGUCUCCUCAUCGCAUGCGCUUUAACACCUGA